AUGUCACGAGCGACCCGUGAUGAGGCGAGGGAGCAGGGCGGUAACCCCAACAGGGUCGGCGUCCUCGAGCCUGCCGCCCACGGCCCAACUCCGAAGCAGCUCCACGAGCUGUUGCACAUCCUAAUGGGCACACCGGCCGGCAUUGUGCAGCAGGUAGGUUAUUUGUUGAUGCUGUUUGUUGCUGUCGUCAAGGCCGGUGCGGCCGCCAACAACGACAGCGGCGCGGGAAGCGGCGGCAACUGUGGCGACUCAACAGUCAACUGCAGGACUCCAGGCCAAGUUGCUCCAGGUGCUGCUUGUCGAACCCGCGGUUCCACGACGGUCACGGCGGCAGAACGGAAGAGCGCCAUCGCUCUCCUGAAAGCUGCCACCAAAGAGGCAAAGAAGAAAAACAAGAUGAGGGGUGCGGCGAAGCCCAGCAUCAAGAGCGGGAGGUGUUUGGCGAAGGCAACCGAUGGGAGCGAUGCAGUGAAGGCGAAAACCCUUCAGUGCUGGGCCGCCAAAGGCAAGCAGAACGUCCGACAGCUGCUGAAACUUCUGCUCGAGUCUGCUGGUGCGGUGGGAAAAGCUCGACCGGAUCACGCCCGUCUGCUCAAGUUCCACGCUCAGGACAUCUCCAGCGAGGAAGCCAGAAAGGGGUCAUCUGCUGCGGGGGCUGCCUUCGAACUGAUGAUAGGUAUCAUCGACGCAGCUCUCCACGACGACGGAAAGACUAGCAACGGAUCGGCUUCACCCAGCAGCACCCCGUCCCCGUCGUCUUCCCAAGCCGACAUCGCUGUUGGAGGGGAAGACAUCCCGACGUCAGCCGUCGACCGAACGUCCACGAGCAAGCAACAGCAACGGGAACAUCUCUCGCACGAUGAGCGAUCCGACCUUCUCCCCGUCUCCUUGCCCGGGAGCCGCAUCGUCGAGACGCCAUCUCCGUCGUCAUGCGGUCAAGAACGGCGUUCAUCGAACGGAGCACAACCAAGCAACGUUGCCAGCAUUGCCAUCGUCGGACACGCCAACAGCACCACCCCGGGCUUUGACACGUCAACAUCACCGCUAUCCUCGUCGCUCUUGAAGGAAUCGGUCCAGGGUACGACGGCGGCGGCGGCGGCGGCGGCGGCGGCGCUGUCGGAGGAGACACCUUCUUCAUCGUCGAAGGAGGACAUGUUCACCAUCGUCGAGGCCGCGGACGAGAGGUGGUCCAGCUCGGACGAUGAUGAAGAGGAGGCGCCCCUGACUAGGAAGCGGUCGGACUCGAGCACGGAACGAAUCCAAGGAGACAGGGAGAACGGUGUCUCCGCACCAGCCCCGUUGGCGUGCACCGAUGUCAUGGACGGCCCAACGACAGCACAGCCAGCCCCUAGGCGAGCCAGCCUUGUGCUCGACGAGGUGACCAACACACCCGGACCCGCCGAGAUAGCCGCAGAGGGGGGAGCAUCGACGACGCACUCUCCUCCACCGGCAGGUGUCGCGCUUGACCAGGAGGUGGUGAUGCCGUCCGGGGUUGCGCUGAAUCUCGAUGCGGAGGCUUCAACAAGAAGCGAGCCGCCAAGUGGGGCCGGGGAACCCUACGGGGGCGGACAGAUCGUGCCCUACGGGUACAUGCCCACCGUCGCCACCACCGCUAGCCCCGAACGCCGUGAGGCACGUGUCCCCCACUCACCCUCCGGCACGGUGGAAACCAUCUUGAGCCAGCUGGUGUUUUUCAGGCUGUCAUCACCCAUCCUUUACAGGGCACUCGUGAGUCUCGACGUCACUGCUGACAUCAAACAAGCUUGCUUUGUUGUUUGGCACGGGGGGGCGUUGGAGAGAAUAGACGAAGUGUCGGACCUCUGCUGCAUCAUACGCAGAGCUAGGCGGGUGUCAACAGCACCGCAGGCCGUGAACAUCAUCUCAAGCCAGAUGGACGUCGACCCGUCCGUGCGUCUGAGCAUCGGAGCGCCGCACGGGUCCGCCUCAUUUGGCCCGCUGGAAGUGCGAUCGCGCCAGCAGCAGCAGCCACUCCAGCACGCGUUCCAGGACGACAGCGACGGCACGGACGACAGCUCCGUCGCCGUCGACAGCGCGGGAGAGAACGAGCACGAUGAUGGUCGCGGCGACAGUGACGCCGGAAGCGAGGACGGAGACGACGACGAGCCUCCACCGCCGCCUUCGGCCGGCCACAUCGAUCGCGACCCCCUCAACGACCUGCUGCGCGCUUUCGCUGGCCUUGCUGCUCUCAGCGGCAGCUCCGACGGCGUUGAGAGCGACGGCGACGAGCGCAGCAGCAGCAGCAGCGGUUCUUCUUCCGGCGACGCUGACGAGGACGACGCCUCGGCACGGGGACUGCACGACGAGCCCAACAACACGGGCAGCGAGUCCAGCAGAGAUGGGCUCGGCAGCACUCGCGACGACGACGACGACGGCAGCGACGACCUAGACUGCGACGCGAGGAUGGGCGCCUUCCUCUGCCUCGAAGAGAUGGAGUACCCCAGAUGCAGGGCGGGUUACGAGAACGUUGAGGAAGGCCAGGCCAAGUGGGCUCUGUCGGUCAUCGGGAAGAUCGCGGACGCGAUCGAUGCGCCGACGCACACCGUCACGCUUGCGGCCAUGACCCUCGGAGUGGCCGGCGGCGUGCCGGGAUUCAUGGACGGGCUGACCAAUGAACAGAUCUGCCUUCUCCCCGCGGCGUGCGUGGGGGACUCCAUCUGUCGACUGCAAGAAUCUGGGACGGAGGAGAGCCCCGCCUAUGACUUCAACACGGCGACAGACGCGAUGCUGGCGAUCACGAAGACCUCGUCGGAGGGCAGGGGUGACGGCGGUAGCGACAUAUUUGGUGAGACAAGCGACGAAGACGCCAAGACUCAGCUGCUCGCUCUCGUCGUCCUUCUGAACGAGGCCUUGCCGGAAGGCCUCUCCUGCCCGGGGUCUCUGCACUUCAUACGCAUCCUCGCCGACCAGUCAGGCCUCUCCGACACCCGCACCGACCAGGAGCUCGAGAACUUUUUCGACCAGACCGACAAGCGCGUUCGUACCGCGGUCUUGAACGGCUUGCUCCGCACGCUUUCGCCGUCGGACAUAGCGCGCGGCGCCUUCUUCGGCGCAACCGGUGUGUCCGUCAAGUUCACCGAACAAAGCGCAUAG